AUGGUAGAGUAUCCUGAGCUGGUAGGCAAGGAAGAUAAAGACAAGUCAGGUCGCCGAAAACCCACGGAAAGCGAGCAUCUCCCACGGCAUGGCCAAGGCACGCUUUCAGACCCCUUCGUGGUCGAGUUCCGGCGGGGCGACCCUCGCAACCCCAUGAACUUCUCCGCCACGCGGAAGUGGCUGAUCACCUCCGUCGUCACCAUAUCCGUCUUCGCCGUCACCCUCACCUCGUCGGCCUACUCGGCCUCAUCCGAACAGAUCACAGCCGAGUUCGGCGCAAGCAGGGAACUCUUCGCCCUCGGCGUAUCCCUCUACGUACUGGGCUUCGCCGUCGGGCCGGCCCUGUGGGCCCCCCUGUCAGAGCUGUACGGGCGCCAGAUCCUGUUCGUCACCACGCACGCCUUCGUCGUGGCCUUCGUCGCCGCCUCGGCCGGCUGCCGGUCGAUGGCGCAGCUGCUGGUCUUCCGGUUCCUGGCCGGCACAUUCGCCGCGUCGCCCCUGACCAACUCGGGCGGCGUGAUUGCCGAUCUCUUCCCGUCCGCCCAGCGCGGUCUCGCAAUGUCGGUUUUCGCUGCCGCGCCGUUCAUGGGGCCGAUGCUUGGCCCGGUCGUUGGUGGCUUCAUCACCAUUACGGUCGGCUGGAGAUGGGUCCAGGGGGUCUGCUGCAUCUUUGUUGGAGUGGUAUGGAUUGUUGGCAGCGCCCUGCUACCCGAAACAUACCCGCCGGUUUUGCUGCAAAGGAGGGCGAAGCGUCUAUCUCAGGAGACGGGGAAGGUGUAUAUCAGCGUGCUCGAGAGGAACACCGGCGGAGUCGAGCUGUCCGAAGUCUUUGGUAAAGCUAUCAAGCGGCCCUGGGUGCUUCUCUUCUGCGAGCCGAUCGUACUGAUCGCAUCGGUCUACCUGGCCAUAUUAUACGGCACAAUCUACAUGUUCAUGGGCGCAUUUCCGAUUGUCUACGAAAAGUCGAGGGGCUGGAAUGCGGGCAUCGGAGGGCUCGCCUUCCUGGGCCUCACGAUCGGCAUGCUUUUCGGGCUGCUAUAUACCAUUCUGGACAACGGGCGCUACAAGAAGCUGGGCAAAGGCGCGCCCCCAGAAGCCCGCCUACCUCCCGGAAUGAUCGGCGCCGUCGCCUUGCCGGUCGGCAUGUUCGCCUUUGCGUGGACCAACUCCCCCAGCAUACACUGGUCCGCCAGCAUCAUCCUCUCGGCGCCCUUUGGGUUCGGGUGCGUGCUGGUCUUCCUGUCGUGCCUCAACUUUCUGCUCGACGCCUACACCAUCUACGCGGCGUCAGUGCUCGCGGCCGGCGCGAUGCUCAGGGCCUUCUUCGGCGCGGCGUUCCCGCUGUUUGUGGCGCAGAUGUACGAGAGGCUCGGGGUCCACUGGGCCAGCUCGGUGCCGGCGUUCCUCACCGUUGCAUGUCUGCCGUUCCCCUUUGUCGUGUAUAAAUAUGGCGCUGCGCUGAGGAUGAGGUGCAAGUAUGCGCAGGAGGCUGCUGUCCUGAUGAGUCGUCUGCAGGCUUCUGAAGUCUCUAGUGCCGACGAGGAAUCGUCUUCCGUGUAG